UACAACUUUUUUACUAUUAACAAGAUCACCGCCAAUAACCCCCUCAGUUUUUCGCCGGAAAAUGUCGUCAUCCAAAACCCUAAUUCUCGCCGGAGCUUCGCUGAUCGCGCGUUGUAUGAAUCCGAUUCGUAACCAGCACUCAUCUCAGCUAAUCCGUCCGGAAUUCUCAUCGUUAUUGAAGUUCGAAACCUCAAAUUCGGUGCAAAACGACGCCGGAACCCUAAAUCGAGCAUUGCCGGAAGCGUUUUUGUAUCCAUGCGGACUUCCUUCGCUUGAGUUCUUACCUGACGGAGACGGCUCAUCAUCAAGUGAACCAUUGUUGUGCAUUAAGAGAACUUACCAGCCUAGCAACCUCAGGCGCAAGAGGGUUCAUGGAUACUUGGCUCGCAAAGCGACUAAGGGAGGCAGGCGAGUCAUUGCACGGAGGAUUGCUAAGGGCCGCUUUAGAAUUACAGCUUAACUAAGUAAAUCUUUUUCUUCAUUUUUAAGCAUUUUAUGUUAUCACUAGAUGUUGACUUGUUGAGUGGUCAACCCAUAACAAAUCGUGGAAUGCUGCUUUCUUUUGAAGAAUUUUGCAUUGUGAUCUUUAGUUGGGCAUUCACAAACAUCUUUUUUAUUUUCUGGAUGAAGUCUGGAGAAUAUGAUUUUAAUAGUUUAAAUGU